UGGCCGAGGCCCGGGGGCUGUCGCUGUGCCGUGGAGGGCACUCCGUGCCCGUGCUUCUCCUCGCUCUCCGUCUUGUGGUCCCCUCUCCCGGUGCCCGGCUCUCCUGGCUUCCCCCCAGGGUUCCAGAGCCGUUUCCCCGGGAUUGGCGCCUCCGAGCGCGGCUCUCAGACCGCCGGGCCCGAAGGUUCCCGCGGCCUAUGCGCCCUGCACCCGGCCCGCCCGAUCGUCCACCGCGCUCAUUGGGCUUUCUCCAGAAGCUCGCCUUUCUGGGUCGGGGCAGGUCUCUGCUCUGGCCCCCUGAGCCUGCAGGAUGUUUCACGGGAUCCCAGCCACUCCUGGCAUGGGAGCCCCUGGAAACAAGCCGGAGCUGUACGAGGAAGUGAAGCUGUACAAGAAUGCCCGUGAGCGGGAGAAGUAUGACAACAUGGCGGAGCUGUUCGCAGUUGUGAAGACGAUGCAGGCCCUGGAGAAGGCAUACAUCAAGGACUGCGUCAGCCCCAACGAGUACACUGCAGCCUGCUCCCGGCUCCUGGUCCAGUACAAAGCUGCCUUCCGGCAGGUACAGGGAUCAGAGAUCAGCUCCAUCGAUGAAUUCUGCCGCAAGUUCCGCCUGGACUGCCCGCUUGCCAUGGAGAGGAUCAAGGAGGACCGGCCCAUCACCAUCAAGGACGACAAGGGCAACCUGAAUCGCUGCAUUGCCGACGUCGUCUCGCUCUUCAUCACAGUGAUGGACAAGCUGCGCCUGGAGAUCCGGGCCAUGGACGAGAUCCAGCCCGACCUGCGGGAGCUGAUGGAGACCAUGCACCGCAUGAGCCACCUGCCCCCUGACUUCGAGGGCCGCCAGACGGUCAGCCAGUGGCUGCAGACCCUGAGUGGCAUGUCAGCCUCUGACGAGCUGGACGACUCCCAGGUGCGCCAGAUGCUCUUCGACCUGGAAUCUGCCUACAAUGCCUUCAACCGCUUCCUGCACGCCUGAGCCCAGCCUCCCUACCCCCACCUCCCGCGAUGGUUCCGUUUCCCCCGACGUCUGCGCACGAUUUGCCAUGCACAGUGGCCUGGAGUCCGCUCCCCCAAUAAAGAUGCUUUCUGACCUC